AAAUGCUAUAUUUUCAAACUGUGAUGUGAGCUCUUUCAGUAUCACAUAUUUGUUUUUCCUUAAAUCACUGAAAGGUUAGAGUGCUUGGAAAACAAAAUUAUUCUAAAGUCUCAACCACUACAUAUUGCUUUAGUUAUCUGUCUCCCAUCAUGUGUGUGUCCCUCGUAUUUAAUAGGCGAAAAUGUUUACAUUCAUAUAUAGUCUUCAAACUCCCAUAAGAUCAGCCACACAAAACAAGAUGGAUUGGUUCUCGUGGCUAUCAAAAACCGACCUUGACCCGACCAUAAGCUACGAGUACGGACUCAUAUUCGCCCAGAAGAAGCUCAAGAGUGAAGACAUCGCACUUUUCAACCACAAUUUUCUCAAGCGACAUGGCAUUAAUGUGGCCGAACACCGCCAAGAGAUUCUCAAGCUUUCGAAGAGAGAAACAGAAACAGUUAGCUACUAUCACCGUCGUCCAGCCUCGGCCAAACUCAUCUCUGUCCUCAUUAAGGCGACCAAAAGUAUUGGUAACCGCUUUAACAAGUGGCUUUUCCUCGUAGGAACCGCCGUGGUUGAACCGGCGAAGGAGAAGCAGUCGCCAGAACCUGCCAGCCGUGGAGAAGCGUUUGUGAGUGGAAAUAAUAAAGCUAAUAACGAAAAAGCUGAGUUCCAAGUGGAGAGGUUGCCUGUGAUAAGGAAAAAGAGGAUCGCCAAAUCUGGACCGUUGGAUGUAAAACACCGAAUGCAAGAGAAAAUAACAUUUCCAGCUAACCGGAGCAUGAACCUAUCUGGACCCUUGGAUCGAAGUGUUCAAGAAAGACUCGUAUUAGCAUACAGAAGCCCUGUUGUGUCGGGACAGUUAGAUGGAAACUUAAACGAACGGCUGAAAUUAUCAGGGCCGUUGAAAGGAAGACCACCGAGCCCAAGUGUCUAUGUGGAGUACAGUAAAAGAGACGAUGACACACGAUGGGAUGCUCUGUUUCACAACUUGAAGCCAACAUAGAUCUCAAGUAUAAGUGGUUUUUGUUUAGUUUUUGGAAAACGGUAUGUAGCUAAGGUACUCAAUUUGGGGUAUCUGUCGUGCUAAAUAUACAAACUAUUUUCU